GAUAGCUUUCUACGGGAAAAGCUUCCAGAAUUUUCCGGUGACCGAGGCUUCGUCCUCGACGGAGAGCCGCUCAGCAGGCCUGCCUUCUUUUUGGCGAGCAAUUCGGGGCAAAUAUGGUGUUUGAAAUGAAAAUGCUCACUAACGGCGACCCAGAAGAGGAGGAGGAAGAAACCCCUGAAGAGGAGGAGAAGGAGGAAGAAGAAGAAAAAGAAGAAGAAAAAGAAGAAGAAGAAGAAGAAGAGGAGGAUGAAGAGGACCUGGUGGAUCCACUUGACACAAUCCGCAGCAAGUGUGAGCAGUCCGAACACUGCCGGCACUACAAGGAGCGUCUGGAGCUUUGCGAGACGCGUGUCAGCUCCAAGUCCAACACUAGCGAAGAGUGCACUGAGGAGCUCUUUGACUUCCUUCACGCACGAGACCACUGUGUUGCAAGCAAGCUGUUCCACAAUGUGAAAUGACGUGUGUCACUGCUAGAACUGUAAAAAAGGGAGGGGAGUGCAAAUUAUUUUUCUAAUUUAGUAGUGUGCACAUUGUGUGGGGAUCCUGGUCCAAAUACACCAUCCUCCUCACAUAAUGACAUGAGUCAGUUUGUACAUAGUCAGUCUGCUUGUUUUGUGCGCAGUUCCUAUAAGAAAUAUGAAAUAACAAAUCAAGAUUUUACCUCUGGACUCGUAUAUAAAAUGGUUUAUCACAGUCAUUUGUCAGCAGGAUUACUCAAAAAGGGGCUAGAAAGGCACAUUAGAAGGUUAUAGUGUAGAGUAAAUACCUUUCCAACAAAUAGUUUUGAAAUGUAUAAUAUAACCCUGUGGGUAGGCAGACUUGAUUGUUUUUUUCUGUUAAUGGAAAAGUGUUAAUGCCCAUUAGUUUGUUUGGAUGAAGAUAUAAAAUAUCAAAUACAUGUUAGGAAGGAAAGAAAGAAGUGCUACCUGGUGGCAUGUUGAACUGAAAAUACACAGGCCAAAGAAAAAAAUAAAUACAUUUUGAAAUCAGA